AUGGCAUCAUUCGUAAAACGUUCAAACGGUUCAGAAGCUGGUAACCUUCAUACACACGACCAUUCAACGCCAACUCACGAUCAUUCACACGCGCCAAAUGACCACGGACACACACAUGAUGUUUUAGACCAUCCAGGUAAAUUCACUGAGCGUGAUAUGCCGGACUUUGGUGACCGAGACUGGUCGGAGAGAGCAUUUACAAUUGGUAUCGGAGGCCCUGUUGGUUCUGGUAAAACUGCCCUCAUGUUGGCAUUAUGCAAGCAUCUCAGAGACAAGUACAGCAUUGGUGCACUUACAAUAAAGAAUGAUAUCUUCACUAAGGAAGACCAAGAAUUCCUUAUCAGGAAUGAAGCAUUAGAAACUGGUAGGAUCAGAGCUGUCGAAACAGGUGGAUGUCCACACGCUGCAAUCAGAGAAGAUAUUUCAGCUAAUAUGGGUGCUCUUGAGCAACUCCACGCCGACUACAACACUGAUCUUCUGCUCGUUGAAUCAGGUGGUGACAACUUGGCUGCAAACUACUCAAGAGAGCUUGCAGAUUAUAUUAUCUACGUUGUGACUGAUUAUACUCAGAUUGAUGUAUCUGGUGGUGACAAGAUACCACGUAAAGGUGGACCAGGUAUCUCACAAUCUGAUUUGCUCGUCGUAAACAAGACAGAUAUCGCUCAAUAUAUCGGUGCUGAUUUGGGUGUUAUGAAGAGAGAUGCUGAUAAGAUGCGUGAUAAUGGACCAACGGUGUUCACGUCUAUUAAAUCCGCCAAAGGAGUCGAAGCCAUUUCAGAGCUUAUUGUAGCUGCUUGGAAAUCAUCAGGUGCGCCAUCUAAAUAA